CAUGAAGGCUACAUCCGGGUCACUACGGUCUGUGAGCGACCUGUCAAAAUAAAAGUCUGAGUUACACGUUCAAACGUGGUCUAGCAAUAGACACAAACUAAGCGAAUACAUAGAUUAUUGAGAGAUAUCGUCGGAGUGCCUUUAUGGGGGGAUUGAUGACUGAUGGCUGCAGACCAUGUGUUGUUAUAUGGGCUGUAUUUCUUCUGUCCUCCGUCAUGGGAUACAGACCAGUUAUUGUUGUCCACGGGAUAUUAGAUGGACCCAGACAGUUUGAUAUUUUGGCUAAAUUUAUCAAUCAGUCUCAUCCAGGUACCAAAGUGACCACACUAGCACUUUAUGACUACAUUUGCAGUAUGAAGCCACUGUGGCAACAGGUAGAUGGAUUCAGAGAGGCCGUCAGACCCAUCAUGGAGAGCGCUGAUGAUGGUGUCCAUCUCAUCUGCUUCUCACAAGGUGGAUUGAUAUGCCGAGGACUUCUUGCAACCCUGCCGACGCACAAUGUUCACUCUCUGAUAUUACUGUCUUCACCACUAGCUGGCCAGUAUGGAGAUUCGUCUUAUUUGAAAUAUGUUUUCCCUAAAUUGAUCAAGUCAAGACUGUACCAUUUUUGUUACACUACAUACGGACAACGGAUAUCUAUCUGCAAUUACUGGAAUGAUCCACACCAAAGAGAGAGAUACUUAAAUAGCAGCAUCUAUCUCGCCCCACUGAAUGGAGAGAUAGAGCAUGCCAAUUCAACAGCGUGGCGAGACAGCUUCCUGCGCAUACAGAAGCUGGUGCUGAUCGGUGGACAAGAUGAUGGAGUUAUUACACCAUGGGAGUCAAGUAUUUUUGGGUUUUAUGACAGUAAUGAAACUGUGGUUGAGAUGGAAAAGCAGGAUUGGUAUCUGAGAGAUGCUUUUGGCUUGAAAACACUGAACUCAGAGGGAGCCGUGGUCAAGUGUGUCGUCCCUGGUGUACACCAUACUUCCUGGCAUUCAAACCUCACAGUUUACAAGAACUGCAUAGACAAGUGGCUCACCUAAUCUAAGGAGAAGG